AUGGCUACCUUCACUGCAUUUUUCAACAACAUCACCAUAACCCACCAGGAGCGAGAGCUCCUGACGGAGCUCAUGGGUGAACGUGAAAUUCAUCCCGACGACACCAUUGACCUACUGAAGGAAGCGCCAACGAAGAGGAGCAUGCCCUCUAGCCCCCACCAACACCCAUCAUCUGGAAUGACGAAUCCAACGCCAACACACGUCCCCAGCUGCUGGACAUUUGAGGAUUUUGGCUCUCUCACCCAGUCCUUUCGCAUCGUGGCGACUGACAUACUAGCUCAGCCUGACUUGAAGGGUAUCAUGGUCUCAUCCAAGGAGAAUGAGGAACCCGCCGAUAGGCAAAGAAAGAAGUAG